CAAUUACAAAGAGACACCAGCAGCGAUGGCGCGCGCAGCGAAGUCAGCAUUGGUGCUGUGCAUGGAUGUGGGUUUCUCCAUGAGUAACUCAGAACCUGGUCAGGAACCGCCCUUCGAUCAGGCCAAAAAAGUCAUCCAGAAGUUUGUCCAGCGGCAGGUGUUUGAUGAGAACAAGGAUGAGGUGGGUCUGGUGCUGUUUGGUACGGAUGAAACCAAGAACCGUCUGGCCAAAGAUGGUCAGUAUCAGAACAUCACUGUCCGUCGCCAUCUGAUGAUUCCUGAUUUUGAGCUGCUGGAAGAGAUUCAGAAUGAACUGCAGCCUGGCGGUCAACAAGCCGACUGGCUCGAUGCUCUUGUUGUGUGCAUGGAUCUCUUGCAGCAAGAAACCAUGGGAAAGAAAUACAAUUGUCUGAAUGUGGUGAUGUUGACGGAUCUACACGUACAGACGUCUGCAGACCAGCUCGAUGUUAUAAUUGAGAACCUGAAGAAAGCAGGAAUCACUCUGCAGUUCUUUUUGCCGUUUCCUUUGAAUGAAGACGGAGGUGAUGAAGGUGGGUCUGGCUCUGGGUCAGCUGCGCAUCCCCCCCGCCCGGGAAAGGGCUUGACGAGAGAGCAGACUCAAGGUCUGGAGAUGGUCAGGAACAUCGUUACCGCUCUGGAUGAGGAGGGCGGUCUGCAGGAAGUCCACACUUUUAGUGAUGCGGUGGAGAAGCUGUCCAUCUUCAAACCUAUCGCCCGGAGGCCGAUGGCCUGGCCCUGUCAGCUCACCAUCGGCACCUCGCUAACCAUCCGCAUCGUGGGAUACAAAGCGGUGACUGAGGAGAAGGUGAAGAAGACGUGGGCCGUGGUUGACGCUGAAUCUCACCAAAAAGACGAUGUCAAGAGAGAGACGGUUUACUGUCGGGACGAUGAUGAAGAAACGGAAGUGCAGAAGGACGAGACGAUUCAAGGUUACCGUUAUGGAAGUGACAUUGUUCCAUUUUCUAAGGUGGAUGAGGACCAAAUGAAAUAUAAACACGAUGGGAAAACUUUUACAGUUCUUGGCUUCACUAAACAGGAGCUGAUUCAUCGUCAUCAGUUUAUGGGAAGCCAGGUUGUCAAAGUUUUUGCGCCCAGAGAUGAUGAGCACGCGGCUGUAGCUCUCUCUGCCCUGAUUGGUGCUCUUGAUGGUCUAAAGAUGGCAGCCAUAGUGCGUUAUGCUUACGAUCGUCGUAGUAACCCUCAAGUUGGCGUGGCCUUCCCUUGCAUUAAGGAGAAAUAUGAAUGUUUACUGUACGUUCAGCUGCCGUUUAUGGAAGACCUGCGACAGUUCACUUUCCCAAUGUUAGAAAACAACAAGAAGUUUGCAGCUUCAGGGUCGCAGCUGUCGGCGGUGGAUGCGCUCAUCGACUCCAUGAUGCUGGUGGAGAAAGAUGAAGACGGCGAGACCGUGGAUAUAUUUAAACCCAACCAGGUUCCAAACCCACAGUUCCAGAGGCUUUAUCAGUGCUUGCAUCAUCGCGGUGUGAAUCCAGACGGUCCUCUCCCAGCGUUAGAGCCCUGGCUGCAGAGGGUUCUAGAGCGACCUCAGGCCGUGUCCGCCCGCUGUCAGGCUCCGCUGCGAUACAUCGGGACAGAAUUCCCACUGAAAGAAGUGGUGAAAAAGAAAGAGUUGAAGACGAGCGCAGACGUGUUUGGAAGCAGUGCCGAAGAGCCCGAUGCCAAGAGAGUGAAAGUCAGCGAUGAGACAGAAUUUAACCUGGCCGACAUCACGGAGGGAAUCGUCACAUCGGUUGGUAGCGUGAAUCCAGCGAGAGAUUUCCAAAGACUGAUCAGACAGAAGAGCAUUCCUUUCCAUCAGGCGUGUCAGCAGCUGAUUGGCAGGAUUGAACAGUUGCUGGGCAACAGGAGCCCAGAGUACUACAUGAAGAGCAUCACCUGUAUCCAAGCCUUCAGAGAACAGUCCGUCAAGUGUGGAAACGCAGAGUCGUUCAACAGUUACAUGCAGUCUCUGAAGAGGAGCGUUCCCGACCGGAACCUUCAGGAAUUCUGGGACCUCCUCGUCCAGGAUGCUCUCACGCUGAUCAGCAGUGAUGAAGUGGACAGCAGCUCUAUCUCCAAACAAGAUGCAACGCAGUUUGUGGAGUUGGAGCAGAAGGUGGAUGCAGAGGCGGCUUCAGUGAAGGACGACACUGGUGACGUUGAUGAUUUGUUGGACAUGAUGUAGAUCCAGCUUGUGGAUUUGUGCCAAAUCCUGAAAGAUCUUUGAUGUUUCUGUUCAAAGUUCUCUUUGUGUGACAUAACAAUUAUGAAGCUACAGUACAGAUGUUGCCAUUGGACCAAUCAUAAAGUACGAUGAGUGUCACGAGUUGCACAAAAUUGUUUAUUUUUCUAAAGUUCCUAAUGUUGUCUGUGUACUUGAUAAUGGCAAAAAAAUGACAUGCUUCAAAUAAAAGAUCAAACCAAA